GGAUUAAGCUUGUUCAGUGUUUUUGAGAAACUACGUCCAGAUUAUUCUGUGUAAAGAAAUCGUAGGCCUAGGGUAGAUCUAGUUUUGUUAGCACUAACUGUUACUAUUAACAAUUUAUGUGUACUGUUAUUACUGUCACGGAUCAAGAAACGAGUAAAAAAUGAAGCAAGAAAUGAGUGCCAGUGAUCUGAAGGAUUUAGGGAAUAAAUUGUUUGGUGGACGAAAAUAUGAAGAAGCAAUAACAUGUUACAGCCGUGCUAUUAUAAAGAACCCCACAAUGCCAACAUUUUUCACAAACAGAGCUCUCUGUUAUGUGAAGUUGCAACAGUGGGAAAUGGCUAUUCAAGACUGUCGGCGUGCCCUGGACAUGGAUUCCUCUUCUGUAAAGGGUCAUUUUUUCAUGGGACAAGCUCUUCUAGAGCUGGAAAAUUUUGAUGAUGCAAUCAAAUACCUACAAAGAGCAAGUGAUUUGGCUAAAGAACAGAGAUUAAAUUUUGGAGAUGAUAUAGCAUGUCAACUAAGAAUUGCCAAAAAACGUCGGUGGAAUGUAUUGGAAGAAAGACGAAUUCAGCAAGAAAUAGAAUUUCAAUCAUAUUUGAAUAAUCUUAUUUUAGAAGAUAAAGAAAGAAAAGUAGCAGCUUUGAGACAGAAUGGGUUAAAUGACUCUAAAGAGAUAGCCAGAAUUGAAGACAAGUAUGAUGAAUAUAUAGAUGAAGUGAAUGGUUUAUUUGCCAAAAUUGAUGAUAGGAGAAGGAAACGUGAUGUACCUGACUAUUUAUGUGGAAAGAUAAGCUUUGAGGUCAUGCGAGAUCCUGUAAUUACACCCAGUGGAAUAACUUAUGAUAGGAAAGACAUUGAAGAACACUUGCAGAGAGUUGGGCAUUUUGAUCCUGUGACACGUACGCCUCUGACUCAGGACCAAUUGAUACCAAAUUUUGCAAUGAAAGAGGUGGUAGAUGCUUUUCUUGCAGAUAAUGAAUGGGCAGUAGAUUACUGAACGUUUAUGUCCAAAUUCCCCCACCUCUUCACAGUAACGAUGAUGUAAGUGCUCACAGAAGGUCGCUGUGAAUCAAAGUAAAGCAAAGCCUUCUUAAUUGUGUCUUUAUGUAGGAAUUAUCAUCAGACUGUGUGAAUACAGAGUAAUUAAAGUAUAUAUAUCUAUAUAUAUAUAACACUUGUAUCUAACAUGUAAGUGUUUCUGUGCAAGUUUCUACCUUUGAUUUAUCUAUCUUAAAAAAAAAAAAGUAGAGCCUUUAGAACUUUGAGUGUUAAAAGACUAAGCCUACUGUGAUUUUAUAUAUACAUGUAUAUGUUUUUGAAAGUACAGAAUUUUUUUUUAUUAAAAUUUCUUUUUCUCUGACAACUUAUUCAGUCCAAAAUUUACAUACUGAAAGAAAAACAUUUAGCAUAUCUUCUAGUUGUAAUCAAAACAAGCAAUAUUAUAAUGAAAACAAACAAAGGUUUGUACUUAAAAGUGUAAGAUGGGCUAAGUGAAAGAGUGCAUUUUUUAACAAUGCAGCCUGCCAAUAGAAAUUUACGUUCAUAUUUAUAUGUUCACUUUUUGAUGAUAAAUAACAGAAAAAUUUGUGAUGCAUUUGUGCACUUAGCUUGUAGUGUUGUACAAAAGUUGGAAUUUAUUUUUCCAUGUAUCAGUCUUGUACACAAAUUUAUCCUUUAGCCACUUGGUCACUCUUGAGUGCCGGAUUUUAGUCACUAUAAUGUGAAAUAAUUUUUGGAGUUAGUCAUUAAAGCUUCAAAGACUAUUUUACUAGAAUAAUACUAUGUAAUAGCUUACUGAGUCGCUAAAAUCUCAUCUGUUUUUAGACAGCUUCUUUCUUUGUUAGGCCAAACUUUCCUUCCAUCACUGUUUGUCAGUUGUUUAUUUAAGAACAUUUUCCUCGGUUUCUUGAAGUUUUAUUCAUGUAAUGUUCAAAACAUUGAUAAUUGUUUUGACUAAUUAAGAAACAAGUUUCAAUAAUUUUUUUGUUUUUCAAAACUGAAGUUAAACUUGAUAACUUUACACUUAAUAUAAAUUUUUUAAAUUAAUUUUGGGAAGAAUUAAUCUCAAGCAAAGCCUAUCAAUUAAAUCUCUCAACUCUACUAAACAUUUUUGGUUAAGCUAAAAACUCAAUCUAUUUUGUUAUUCAAUAUUUUGUGCACUUCUGAUUUUACUGUUUUACUGUAUUUUAAAAAGCAAGGCAACUCGGAGUAUCUUAAUCAUGGUUCUCACUGUUUACCAAGUAAAAUUUCAAGGAUCUUAAGCAUCAGAAUUCAAAACUUUUAUGGACAAAAAGUUCUGACAUUCAGCAGUUUUCACUGCACAGAGAUUAUAAAUCCAGUUAGAAGUAAGGAACUUAAAAUGUAGAAAUAUACCUGCCCUGUCUUUACACUUGUUCUUUAGUUCAAUUAACUUUUGAUCUAGUUUUCUCAACAUCUAACACCAAAUAUUUAUCUUUAUCAAAACAUCUAAGUAUAUUGGAUUUAGAUAACUAAGUAAACUGAAACUCUGCUUUACCUGCAAAACUCUCAGCAGACUUUUGUAAUUCUGCUGUAUACACCUACAUUUCAUUAAGUUCAUCAGUGUCAUCAUAAAUGUCUUUUUUGUUUUAACCUUAAAAUUUUUUUUUGUCUUACACUAACUGCAGCGAAAAUCAGGUUUGUCAGUGUUCACAUUUAGCAUGUCAUCACAUAUCUAGUUUGGUCAGCUCCUUCAACAUGUUUUCAAUUUCCUGCUGUUAAUGGAAAGGCCUUGCUCCAUAGAAGUUUCUGUAUGAGACAGCACAAGAAGUAAUUUGCCUGUGACCCACAGAUUUACAUAAAUAGCAUAAUUUGCUAUUUUUUCAUUGAACUUUGACACUGGCAUAAAUAAAGUUGCUGAUAUAUUUUGAAGUCACAACUUCAUCAGUGUUUAGUAUUACUACAUUGUUUGAAAUGUCAUACAGUUAUCACCCUAUAGCUGGUUAGCUGCAAUAAAAGGGUGAAGAGAUAUUUUCAGUUUCUGCUCACAAUUUAUAGCAAGUGAGUGCUUGAUGGUUAUUUUCUCUAUGGUAUUUUGAUUACUUUUACUAGGAAUUCCUCACAUUCCACCCUAAAUUCAUAGAAUUGUAGUACACUUCAUUCUCUAAUGAUUUCAGUUCACUCAGUAUGGUAUUUAUUUUCAAUCUAACUUGUUUGACAGCUUUGAUUUUUUUUUUAAUCACAAGGGUCUAUUUUGAUAUUAAAGAGAUUGUGUUGCUCUAGUUACUUCUGUAACAUUAUCUUUCAAGAAUCUGGUAAUAACACACUUAAUAGUAUUUUCAAGAUCAGAACAAACAAGUAUACAACGGGUUUAUAAAUUUAUUAAGUUGUCAGGUAUAAACCACUGAUUGAAAGAGCGCUACUUUGGGACAAAUUAGUGUAUCACUGUAAUAUUAUUUGAUUGUGUAAAAGGAUUUGAUCAUGAGAUCAAAAAUCCUUUUUUUCUUUUAUUGCUUUUACACUAACUGGCAUACGGUAGAUCUGUGGGUCCAUUGUUAGUAUCCUCUUAAUGCAAAGAAAAAAUUCAUACUCUGUACUUUGGGGCCAUGGGUAUGUUAUAAGGCAGUGACCAAAUCCCACUAUUCACUCAGACAAGAGUAGCUUAAGAGCUGGUGGUAAGUGCUGUUGAUUAGCUACUUUCCCUUUAGUCUAUCAGUUCCAAAUUAGGGAUGGUUAGUGCAGAUAGGUCUUCAGUAGCUUUGCACAAAUAGCUAAAAUCAAUUUUCUAACCUCUUGUUCUUACAGAAUUAUAAGGGGAAAAAAUUAUUUCUCUAGUUAUGUUUCUGUAACCCUCACAAGUUGCAGGACUGGCUUUAAAAUAUUAAUACCAACUGUUUAAUAGUUUAUUAAUCUUCUGAUCUAUAUUGUAUGAAGUCUACAAUAUUUUAGACUCAACAGGCUAGCAUUCAAAUAACUUUUCACUUUAGAUUUUUUAAUCGUGUUAUUGAGAGCUAAGAUCUUUGGCUUAAGAAAGUAAUGAAUUGUACCAUAAACAGUAGCUUACCCCAAAAAAUUGUGAUGAUAAAAAUUUAGCGCUGAAUUGGUUUAUUUCCUACUUCCUUAUAUACAUUUGAAUUUACUUGACGUGUAUAUUUGUUAUUUAGAUAUUGUCUUAUAAGAUUAUGUAGUCAUCCUGAUCUUUAAUUUUUUAAACUGUAGAACUGAUCCAAAACAAUCAGGUACUUGCAUUUUUUUUUCUUGAGCAAUGUUCUGAGCUAUUAUGCUAUCAGGGAAUAUUCUUUGAAACAGAGAAGAGCUAAGCAUGGCUUUUUAGUUAGGGGUUUUGGGGUUUCAGUGUCUUGAGCAAUCCUAUUGUGCAGUUUAGACCUGGACAAAACCUUUGGAGCUACUAAUUGGCUGCUUUCCCUUUGGUCAGUAGUUCAAAAUUAAAAUGGUUAGACCUAAACUCUUAGAGCCUCUAACCUAACCAUUUCUCCAAAAUAUCCACUGGCUUGCUGAGGGUGAACAUUAAUCAGUACCUAUGAGGAAUAAUUUGAUGGAAAAAGUUUGUAAAUUUACUGUAGAUCCACUGUUUUUGUUCUUUUAUAUGGCAUAAAAGAAGAGGUAUGAAACAUUUAAGGCUUAUCAUCAGUAUCCACACACACUGCAGUCGGUCAUUGUACUUGGUAUUUGUGAGCCAUACAUUAUUGAAUUAAAAUUUGGUAGGUAUAUUACAAUAAUAAAGGUGAUUUUUAAAAUAGCUCAUUCAAUAUUUCCUUUUGAGUUCACAAGUGCAAAGUUAGGCCUAUUUUUUCGCUUAAUGAAUGAAUGAAAGUACACGGCCACUUACAAGUAUCAUUAUGCACCUUCCUUACCAUUUUCAGUUUAUUUCAGCAGUACUGUUUUUGUCUAGCAUAAGAGUGACCAGCCAGUUGACUAGAACACUAUGACACACUAACUACUAACGAUACAUUAAACCAUGACUGAUGCCAAAAUGACUAAACUGAAUCUGUUGACUUUUUGAAAAUGGACUUGGUCACAGCCAAUAUAGUCUUUUCAUCCAAGUGUUUAAUGUUAAACACACACACUAUUUUGUUGCCACACUCUUAACAACAGUGAUCUUGUAAUUAUUUUCAUGAUAGUUGAAAAACACGUAGGAACAGAGAAGUUGACAAAUCACAUUUAAUUAUUUUAAUACUACUAUCAAUGUUGAUAGCAAUGAUCUCCCAAUUUACAAUUCAUUUAAACACUAAUACUUACAUUAAAAAAUUGAAUAAUAACCAUAUUUUGGUUAUAAGAAAACAGAUUAGAAAUUAGAAAGGUACAAGAUACUUUUACUUGAUUAUUUUAAGUUAGGUUUAAAACAUUUCUGACACAGAAUUACAAAGAUUAUCUAAGCCUUCUCUAAAGCACACUUUAAAAAGUAACCUGAUACUAUCCAGCCAGGAAUAUUAUAUUUAAAGCAGCUCUGAGAAUAAUCUGGACUUAACUUUGCGUUCACAUGACUUGUACUAUGGUGCUGCUUACUUACACCAUCCAAAACUUUUACACAUUUCUACAAUGGCACCUUUAUUUUAUAGAUGCUAUAAAGUAGUGAAGAGCCAUAAACCAUCAUGGCAAAGUCCUAAACAUUUGCUAGGAUAAAAGAAAUGAUUAAUGUUGAGUGUGUCUGAAGUUUAUUUCUUCAAAUGAUUAUUAUGACUGCUAAGAGAUGUUUAAAAGGACAAGACUCAGUUCAUAGGAACACAAAAGACAAGGACACACAAUUUUACAUAAUCUAGAAGAACGGGACACUCACCAUUCAGAGUAACUUGGUAAGAAACUCAAAAUACAGUUCAGAAAAUCAUGGUUUCCUUCUCUUAUAUAGUCCCGAACAGGUCAAUUAGUUAUGACCUGUUAAAAUAAAAUACCAAUUAUGUCCCUUGUUAAAAUAAGAUACCUUUUUGUGUUCCCUAGUUAAACCUUUUUGAUUUAUUUCUGAAUUUGUUCACAACAAAGUUUUGCAUAAGUCACUCUUACUAUAACAUUAUAUGUGACCAUCAAAAGGGAGUUUUAAUGUAAAUCUUUCUUUUAGUAUCUCAUUUUUCACAUCUCUCUUUAAUAAAGAGAAUUUUUUUAAUGUUAAGGUUUGCAUUUCAAAAAAUUUUCUUACACAAUGUUAUUUUGUAGAAUUUAGAGCUCUUAAUACUUAGGCAUAAAAAAUAGGUGUGAAGUCACUGGAUGUACGUUUAUUUUGUUUCAUAAUAAAACUAAAUUUAAAAAGUUUCAAAUUAGCCUUAACUUCAAGAAUAUAUAGAAAGAAAUUUUGUACUAGCACACUUUAAAUAAGAAUUCAUGUGUUUAGAAUUUUAUGAUUUUCUUACAAAUGAUUAGAAAGAAGUGAAGUCAUACCAAAAUCUAAGGUGUUGUCUUUAGCAUAGUAUUUGCAAUUUAAGCAGUUACCAUGGAUUGAAUAAUCAAAAAUAUCUUUAUAUUGUUGGAAAGAUUUUAUUUGUUUUGUUUUAUAUCAGACAUUAAUUUGUACAACUGCUAAUGACAGCGAGAAAAUAAGAUAAUUCAUGUUAAGUUAACAUAUUAAUCAAUAAAUGAGGAGCUUGCUCAUCUAUGGUUCUUUUUAAAAUCUGGAGGUCACAUAGAAAUAUUGUUCCAAGUGAAAAAGUGGUCAGAGUUCAUUGUAAGAAAUGAAGAAACUAAAAGGGUAAGAUAAAAUUUGAUAUUGAAUUUCUACUAAACCAUUGUAUUUCAAGCACAAAAGCUAGCUUGUAAUUUGAAUAAUUUCCUUGCACAAAUGUUGCAGGAAGUGUCCUACAGAAAUUAGUUUAGAAAUACAUUAUUAUCCUCCUUAGUAAUUUAGUUUUGAUAUGAGAUUUAUGGAAAAUGCUUUUCAAUCAGCAGAGUCAUGUUUAGGUGAGUCAACUAAACAUGCUAAACCAUUCGUGAAGAACUUAUUAUCUAAAUGGCGUUAAAAAUAUUAUGGGUGUUAGUUAACUUAAUUUUUAACCAAUGUUCUUUUGUGUUUUAUAUCACCUAGAUAUGGUUGGUACAUGAAAGAAAUGUUUGUGCCCUCUGCAGAAGGUUUAAUGAACAAAUUAAAAAAAAAAUGUUCUUGUAAAUAGACACUUUUUUUAAUUUUGCUGUGUUAGUUACUGCUUUUCUUAGAUAUUACCAGUGAUGUCAACUGUGUUUGAUGUAUCAGUUGAUUAGUAAUAGUUGAUUGUAAGCAUGUACAAUAUUUUCCCCUUCAUCACGAAGGCUUUUCUAUUUUGUUAACUGAUAUUCUUGUCUGUGUCUGACAAGUGCUUUGUUUUUAGACUCUUCUGUACAUUAUAAUUAAAUAAUAACACUAAAUGAAAUUCACCAUCUUAGUGUUUGUAUUUUUAUAUAAAACUGAACAGCUUUUAAUUUUUAAAGAUGGAAUUAAUGGAUUUUUUGUAUGUAAACACACAAUUCAGUUGGUAGCACCAGUCUUAUAAGAGUUUUGAUUUCAAGAACUAUUCUAGUGGUAGGAUGUUUUUUUUGAACAAAUUUCAUCUAGAAGAAUUAUAUAUUUUAGUAUAAAUUUUUAGAAUAGAAAUUAACCAUGAAAUUUAUUCAAAAUAGUUAUCUUUUUAAAACCUAAGAUCAACAAGUAGUUUUUAUAUCUAUAAGUAAAACUUUUUCAGUAUUCAGUGCAACUGUUUUAAAUGUGUUUUUCCAGAUUUGUAAAUUGAGAACUUUUUAUUUGUUAACCAGAAAAGCUUUGUCUUGAAAGGAAGAAAAAAUAUUUGAAAUAGACAUAUAUAUGUAAAUUGUACAGGUAUUUGUGUUACUGUUAUUAUAAUAUUCAUUAGAGCUGUUCCUUUAACUAUAUGAUAUUACAAGCUUCAUUUUUUUUUUGCCUCUGAAAUGAAAAGAAUUUCAGCAUCUGGAACUUCUGUAUAUUAAUUCAUUUUUACCCAAAAGAUUAGAUAAUGGAGGAAACACCUGUUUGAUAUGUGGUUUUUUAAUAUUUUGAAAAUUUAGUAAAGAUAAAUGUAAGGUGUUUUAUUAGUAUGUCAUUCUAAUCUGUUAAUGUACCAUUUAUUAAUAGAAUGGUUGACCUUAGGAAUAGAUUUGUUUAUUCAUUAUUUAGAUUUUUAUUAAUUAAAACAAUUGUGUAUCGAGAGAUCAUCUGAAUUUCUAGCAUUUCUGAUUUAUUAACAAAAGUUAUUCUACUCUGUACGAAAACACAUCUGAAUUUUUGUGAACUGAAGUUACUUUUUUAUGGUUCAUAAAAAAUGGGAUUUUUCGGAGUUACUUUACCUAAAGUUCAUCAACAUGGGAGGGUGUUGUUUCAGAAUUAAUAAAAAUCUUUGAGUAUUAUAUUAUUUCUGAAACAACAGUCUUCCAUGUUGAUGAAUUUAAGGUAAAUCAAUUCAAAGAAAUCCUACUUUUUAUAAACCUUGUAAAAGCAUCUUUAUGAAGUGUUAAAAGAAUUAAAAAAUUAGAUUAAUGUACAGAAUUACUUCAUUUGUAAUGUUAUUUAAUUUCUAGACUUGGGAGUCUUGCACUUUUCUGUAAAGUUAAUGCUUACUGCAUGGGUUAACUUGUAAAGCUGGUUUACUAUCUGAUAGAAUUAAAACAUUUAGAAACACCAUAUUGUACAAUGUGUGAAUUAUCACACAGGAUAUGUUAGGUGAAGAACAUUGAAUUAUUCAAAAGUUAUGAAAUUGUUAUGUUCAUUACAUGGUUCUUUUCUGUAUUUGUUUUAUGCAGUUAAUGCAGGUUAGAAUAAUAUAUAAAUAUUCUUUAGUUUUAAGAUAAUUAGAAAGCUGUCUUUUUUUUUAUAUCUUAUGUUGUGUAUUAAAAUGAAUAGGAUGGAACCUCAUGUUUUGUUAGGAUCGAUUCCUGCACUUUGUUUUUAGGUGGUCAGGAUGGAGCCUAAUGCUUCAUAAGAACUGCAUCUUGUGCUGUGUUCUUAAUUCAGUUAGAGAGAUGUGUUUUAUAACAUAGUGUCUUGCCUUACUUGAUACUUCAAUACAGUGUUUUUAUAUGUUUUAGAUAAAUGACACCUGUAUUACAAAAUGAUAAUGUUGAUUUGUAUUUGUCUUAUGAUGACCAAGAUGGAUAUAAGUAAUAUGUUAAAUAACACAGGACAACUUAGAAUGUAUUGGUGCAUUUAGCCGACAUACCUUACCUACAAAUAGUAAUUCAACAAUAGAAAGGAGGUAUGAAAAGUAGGCAUAGUGGAAAUGAGACACAUGAAAAAUUACUUUUUGGUUAUGUACCUUCGUUUUUAAUAUCUCGUUUGAAAUGUGUGUUAUAGUAAGACUAAGUCGUACAUUUAGUAAAUAACAAAUUGUUGUUGGCCUGUGAUGAAUGCUCUUACUAACAUUAAGCCCAGGGGGUUAUGUUUAAUACAAAACUGUGUGUUAUAAUAAAAUUAGUUUUUGACUUUUUUAAUCUUAUUUUACAGUUGUAUACAUUUUCUAAACAUUUCUGUAAGAAUUAAAGUAUAUUAACAUUCUUUAUUCUUAAUGAGUUGCUUGAAAUUGGGUCUAGAUAUAAAAAUAUUAGUUUAAUUUUAAAAUAUCUACUUGAGUGAGUUAUUUGUGUCUUCCAUAAUACUGUAGAAUGACAGGCAUGUACUUUAGAGCUUAACUGAUGUGUAAAUUAAAUAUUAUGUCAUGCUUACACUCCCUUUAGAAGUUAAGAGAAGUCAUAUGCACAAAAUUUUAACAUAGGUGGAUAAAGUUGUUUACCAUCUAAGAAUCACAGUAGGAUAACUUGACAGUGUAAUGCAUUUGUUACUGAAAGAUAUAUGAUCAGAGUGCAAAUUCUAAGGCUCUCUGAAGCCUUUGGGAAUAUACAUUUUUGUAAGGAAACUUAAAAGCUAUGUUCAGCAUGCUGGUGACAAUGUAGGC